AUGAGGAGGCGGGGGUGGGGAGGGAGGACAGAGAAGAAUCACUUCCUCUCUGUUCGGUUCCCGCCGCGCGCCCGCUGCCGGAGAACGCCGCCGCUGCCGCCUGUAGUCAUCAACCUGCCGCCGCGGCGGAUAAUGCCCGGUGCCCCCACACAGGUAGUUCACGCGCGUCACACGAGGCAAAAUCUCUUUACAAGCGGCGGUGGCGCUACGGCACCUCAGCGCCGGCCCAGCCCCGACCCGCGGCCUCGCGAAGCCCCGCCUUCCCAUUCUGUGGGACGCCUUCGCCCUUGGCUGUCACCCUUGUUUCCCCGGCGGAGGGAGGUGGGCAGAGCUUGCGCUCCGCCCCUCCCUUCUCCGCCGGCCACGCUCGCGAUCCCUCGCCCUCCCUUCUCGUUCUCCCGUGGUAAGCGAGGGGAAGAGCGAUGCUCCCUCGGACGUACAAGGAGGCUGUUCGGCUGCUACGCGCUGCAUGCUGGGAAGGGCACAUACCGGGCCGCGGCCGUUAGUGACCGGGAUCGGGCGGCUCCGCUGGACGGGAAGGAAGCAGAGCUGCCGCCAUCUGAUUUCCCCUGGGGUCAGCUGAGCGGCGACCUCUCGGCUGGGUGGAUUUCAUCUCUUACUGGUCUUGAUGAGAGUAUCCCUGUUGGCAUCAUGAUGAUAAGUAUAGCUGCACUUUUCACAGCAUCUGCUGUUAUUUCAUUAGUUAUGUUUAAAAAGUCCCGGAGAACAACAACAACAACGCAGAGAAUGGAAUUUACCAAGAGAGAGACAGACCCCCCCCACCUCUUCAACGACGGGACAAGGAUGGAAUUUUCCGAGAGGGGUGGACCCCGGCGAAUGGCGGGAAAAAGAACUGUAUAAAAGGGACCCCCGCACAGAGCUGCGUGCGCGCCGUUGGCAGAGCACAGACUCUUCAGCCGCCCAGUGCUGGAACUCGGCCGCCCAGCACUGUUUGCUCACCUACCUCAAAUAAAUCUCUUAAAUUCUGAAUUCUUUUUCUGGCUGGUUAUUGCCGAUUACAAUUUGGUGCCGUGACUGGGAUACAGGCACUUUGGCCGGAGUUCUUGCCCCCGGGAGGGCGCCCCCGUCUUCGGACGGUCCCGGGGUCUGGAGCGGUCGAGCCAAAUCCUGUAUUCCGAACCGCGAGAUAGGUGAGCAAAGAAUUAAAAGAUCAGAUACUGCAGUUCCCCAUAAUUUUUGUGCACAAAGGUCCGGACGAAGACUCAGGGAAGAGUACACAGCGGUAAGCGGAAUCCGUCUGGUCGGGGAGUAUGGGAUCCCAGGAGUGCGAGUGACUGAGACAUCCUAUCAGGGCGAAGCGAGUGCGGACCUUCUAGUAGUGCGGUUCUCAUUGCCCGUGAGGGCGUGAGCCACGAACGAGGGGAAACGAUUGGUGUGUGAGAGAAGGCACUUUUGGAAGGCUUUUGGAGAGACUAGUAGAUCAGCCCACGGAGAGGCUGGUAGGUACCCUAUAGGAAGAUCAGUCCACGGAAGAGACUGAUAGGUUAGUCCACGGAGAGACUAACCGACUAGUUAUGCGAAGAUUAUGCGAAGAUCAGUCCACGGAAGAGACUGAUAGGUUGGUCCACGGAGAGACUGACCGACUAGUUACGCGAUAAGAUCAGUACUGAUAAGUAGAUACCCGAUAAGAAGAUCAGUCGGGGGAUGGGACUGAAGUCAAGUAGAACUGAUAAGAAGAUCAGUUUCAAGGGAGGGUUGCCAGCUAUCCCUCCAGAUAGUCCUUUAGGGCUAAUGAUAAAACAUUGGGAAGAUUGGCCCUCUAGGAAAGGAAGGAGUAGAAAGAAAAUGGUGCAUUUUUGUAUGGUAGUGUGGGGUGGAAGGCAGAUUAGAAAAGAUCAUCUGUAUUGGCCAGUAUUUGGAUCCUUUGAGGACUGGAUAUGCCAGGCUUUGAAUAUUUAUGUUAACAGCAAGGAACCUCAUAGCCUGGAGGAAAGUGAGUAUGCAAGUUUGUGGAUUCGAUCAGAUACUAGAACUUUUUUGUAUACCCUGCGGGGGGGGAGAGGGUACAAAGAAAAAGAAUAAGAAAUUGGAGGAAUCACUACUGUCGCGAGCCGGUACCGGGGGGCUACCGGCUGUCAGGAUGCUUUUGCGACUCCCCCUCUCAAUGUGGAGGGGUUUGUGAAUGAGCCCGAGGGUCACACGCGGCGCUGCCUCUCACGGAGGAACGGCCACCGCGGGACCGUAUUUCAGGGUGGUAGUUAGAAAGCACCCCCCCCCUCCACCACGCUCAGAAAUUGCCUCUAAAGCCAAGAUUUACUCCACAAACCAAUAGGUUUAUUAAGGGUUAACACAAAACGAGGGAUGAUGUUUAGGGACAAUGCAGGUGUGAAUGGCUACCAGGGAUAUCAAUAUGUAUGUAGUGAGCAAGUGUCCUUUAGGGACGCAAUGCAAAGGGGCUUUUAAGGGAGAGGAUUAAGGACCAAAGGGAGGAGGGAAGGAAACCCGACGCCGGUCCUCCUUAAGAGGUCGCGCUGUGUGUGCAAGUAUGAGGAAAGGAAUGUGUGUGUGUGUGUGUGUGUGUGUGAGGCGAUGUUACCCUCCGGCGGCUUGUCCAGCGUCGGUCGGCGGCCGGAAGGCAGGACGGCAGGUCCGUGGUGUCGGAGGGGCAGCCUCUCGGCAGCGGGUGCAGCGGCCGCUGGUUUCCUCUCCAGCGGCAGCAACACGGGGAGGGGGCUCCGGCCCCGACCCCAGGGCUCGGGACCCCGGCACGCUCGGCGCUGAGGCUCAGGCUGGACCCGGGGCAGGCAGGCAGGCAGGGUCCCAGCACCAGUGUCCGCAGCAGGGGGGCGUCCCACGCAGAAAGCGUCCGAACGGGCCUCAGGGAGGAGGGAAGGGCCCACCUGCUGCCCUCGCCACCUUUUAUACCCCCUGACCCACCUGUCCAGUCAGUGUCACUGUCCAGAGCCAAUGAGCGUCCGUGAGCCCCACUUUAAGGCGGUGACUGCCAGGGGCACAGGAUGGCUUGUCGCCCAUCCUUUCUGUCCCGGACCACAGCUGUUGUUUUGGGUUCCGUUGUCCUUGAGAAGCAAGUCUGUUUUAGUUCGUUAGCUGGGGAUAAUCAGGAGAGGCCUUCGCUGGCUUAAAAGACAUUUUGUUUAGACUUAUGUGGGGAAGAAAAGAACAGUUUCCCACAACUACUUAUGACAUCACCUCCUUACCUUCCUCCCCCUCCUGUACCGAUCCCCAGCGGUCCUGUCUACAUCAACAGGGACCCGGUGCAGACAAUAAAUGGCCUUUACAACGGCCCAAUUGGGACAAUCAAAAUCCAGCACAUCGAGCUAACAUGGAAGACUGAAGAGAUAUGAUUGUCCAGGGAAUCCGGGAAAGGCAGGGGAAUUCAUAGGGAGUGGGAGAAAGAUAUUAAGAGACUCAACAUGGACCUGAAAUGUUGAGACAUGUAUUAAAGAAUGUGAAAUGCUUCUAUUGCCAUAGGGAGAAACAUCUGAAAAGGAGUUGUAGAAAACAUUUGGAGGAAUUCAAAAUUGAUUUAGUAAAUGCUCCUGUACUGAUUUUGCCAGGCAUCCAAGGGCCGUCUUGCCUUUUUGUGAAUACAGAUAAUGGUACAGCUUAGGGGGUGUUAACACAAGAGUGGGCACGACAAAAGAACCUUUGGGGGAGGAUUGAGGGUGUGUGUCCCUCAUGGUAUACCGAGCAUCCUACAACAAAAGGCAAACAAAUGGUUGACUGAUAGCCGAUCAACCUCACUGGAAGUCUGAUCAUAAAAAUCCAACAAGGAGUGUUCUGCUUCGGUGCAGACACACACUUAAACAUCUUCAUGAAAUAUGGUGCUCUACAAAGGUUCUGAUGGGUUUCAGCGAUCAUUUAUUAGUGAAUGCCUUUGAUUGUUCCAUCUUUAUUAUACCAGGGUAGUGUUAAGAGUCCUUAUUUACACAGUACUCUGUACUUGUGUGACUUUUGCUGGUUUGGCAUGGUGCAGGUUAACAGGAAGGCAAAGCAUUGAACAAGUCUGCUGCAAUGCUUGAGAGAACCAGUUUUAAAAAGCAGGAUGAAAGGAGCUACAGGAAGCUUUCCAAGCACCUGUAUGAGGUCUGGGGACGGUCUCUGAAAGUAGUUUGUCACAAGAACACUGUCUGCAAGCAGAAGCAUAUUAAAAAUGUUUAGUGCUUUAGAAAUAAAAUACAAACCAAGUAUGUAAGAAAAUAGGUAGUAGAACUAUACAAAAAUUAAAUAGGCAGUAUUUUCAUUGGGGAAAUGUUAAAGCAAAGCAGUAAAAGUUAAUAUGUUUGGGAUUUUGAGCUUCUACUUUUAAUUUCUUAAGGAAUAUAAUUUCAAAUUCAAAUUUUGAAGAAAACAAUCUGGUGUUUUCAUUUCCAAAGGAGCACUGUAUGGUGCUAUAGUCAGUUGUAAUUUGAAGCUGCUUGCUUCACAAUAUCUAAGCAGCUGCCUCAUUCACACUUUGUCUCAAGAGAAGCCAAAGCAUGGCCUGAGGCUGUGAUCUGACCUAUUAUUUUGCACCUCUUGCUACAUGACAUUGUGAAAUACUAAAUUUGUAAAUUUAAAACGUUUUGAGGUGCAGCUGGACUUACUUUCAAUUCAAUUCAUUGGUCUUUGACUUCCUAAAAUUGUGCAUUUUCCUGUGUAAUAUGAUUGAGUCCUUUAUGCAUUAACUUUUGUAUACAUGGAAGAAUUAUGUGAUUUCCCUAUUGUUUAUUCCACUUAAGAAUAUUUGACUUUAUCAAAGGUGUCUGUUCUAUGCUUAAGUUGCAGUCCAAAAAAAAAAGCCUCAAACAUUUCACAUUCAAACUGAAAUGGGAUGCUAGAAUAUUAUCCCGAAUGACAUAAAAGCAGAGUACUUGAGAGCCCAGAAUGUCAUUUACAGAAGUAUCAUUAUAGCAACAGGACCAGAGGCAAUGCCUUUAAAUUAGGAGUCUCCAGUUGGCAUGUUGAGUUGGAUUCUGAAGAGCUGUCUUUUGAUGUCUAUCUGUUAAGUUUCAGCCAUUGUCUUUUUGAUUAAGUCUUCCAAAAGGUUUCUUUGUUUUAAGAUAAUUUCUGUUUUUAUCUGUUUCCCAAUGGGUGGACAGUAUUCUUUCUCUAGAAUGUAAAGACUUGCUGUAAAACCACACUGUGGCUUUAGCAGUUUCUGCUUAA